AUGGCCAUAUUUGGCGACCUACCUAGAGAAAUUAUAUCACUGAUUUGUAGCCUACUAAAGCAAUCAGCCAAAUACAACUGCACACUUGUAAAUAAAGAAUUCCACGACGCAGCUAUACCCGAACUGUGGCGAGAACCCAAUCUAUCGUCUACUCAUCUCGUCAAACAACUUUUGAAAUGCUUAAAGCUAGGCAAACAUCAGCGAGGCGAAUAUAUUCGAGUCGUGACAUUAGGCUUCAAAGUCGCAUUGAGUGAUGAUGAACUGUUGCAGUUGAUACCACUCACGCCCAACCUGGAAGUGUUGGAAUUACGCAAAGCUGAUGAACUCACAGACAAAAGCAUCAUGCAAAUAUCGAAAUACUGCACGCAAUUGAAAUCAUUCGGCAUCACUGGAGCUAUGGUGACAUAUCGAUCCGCUCAUUACUUGGGUCAAUGCUUGCAAUUGCAAAAGCUCACAUUAGCAUCAUGUCCAAACCUGACUCCAUUGGCAUUGUUGCCAUUUGGACAGCUCAAAAUUGAAUACCUGGAUCUGUCUGGCUGCAAGUGGCUGAAUGUUGUAGAUACAGCCCAGGACCUAUGUUCGUUCCAGCACUUGACACACCUCAAUCUUGUUUGCUGCAAUGUCAUUAAUAUGGAUUUCAUUCAUCAUUUAGCAGCUACAACAUGCUUACCCAAUUUGCAAGACUUUUCAAUUACUGGAGGAACGGUGAUAGAAGACAGUGCCAUCAUACCCUUUGUAAAGGCGCAUAGAAAUAUCCAUGGCUUGUUUUUGCUGGAAUGUGCUAUUACAGACCUGACGUUGGAGGCCAUCUCAGUUACUCUGCCAUCACUGCACAACCUCGAUCUCUCGUUUUGCCGAAGAUUGACAUCCCAUGGUGUGCGACAUCUCAUCAGCGGUUGCUCCAACUUGAGAUUGCUUGGUCUCAAAGACUGUGGUAUCGCUCAGAGUGAUUUUCCUGAAAUACCAAGCUCUCUAUUUCCAGCCAUCACUGAAAACUACCCACUUUUGAAUACACUGAGCUACAUAGAAUUGGGCUAUAUUCGAGCUCAAUGCCAGCAGCAGCAGCAGCAGCAGCAGCAGCAACAGGAACAGCAACAAGCAAAUGAAGAGGAGAAGGAUGAAGAAAUGGCGGAAAACGAAACAUGGUCCGUCAGCAUGGAUGAUCCAGAAGAAGGGGAGGAGAGUGUGAGUCAAAGCUACACAUACAUACAACACUAUCUUGACACACAGGCUACUUGA